AUGUCAGAAUUACCAAGUAGUAGCGAUGCAAACAACCAGAGUAUUUUAAAGGUUGGAAAGAAGACAGAGAAAACAGAAAAGACAGAAUCUGACAGUCAUCCAGUCAUCAUGGAAGAAGAGACUAGUUCUACCGAGGACAAUACUAUGGCCAAGACAGAAAAGGGGACAGAAACUGGUACAAGUGCUAUCAAUGAUGCUGAUACAGAAAUUAAAAGGCUGGAUGAAGAAAUAGUGAACGAAAUUUUAGAAUUGAAACUGAAAAUCUCCACUUUAGUUUCCAAUAUUCGUGAUACCAAAACUUUAUGUGAUAAGUAUGACAACCAAAAUCAAUAUUUGCAAGAUUAUGUAGGUAGUUUAAUGAAAAGUGGUGAAAUAAAAUGA